UUACCUUACAAGGGAUUGAAUGAUAGGUUUUUGUUAGGGAAAGUUACUUUUUUUUUCAUUACAUGAUUUUAAAAUAGUUUUUUUUAUUUUUGCAGUUACAAAGCAGUAUGUUUUCUGGGCAACGCAAUGCUGCAUUGGAGACUCAGGAACGUGUAACAUGGGUAGCCCCUGACGACGCUGAAUCAAGUGAUAUCGACGUGAGCCCUUUGGACAUUGACAGUGAUGAUGACGACCCUACCUACGUUCCUGACGAAGGCCUUACUCAGGACGGUGCCUUUGACCUUCCUAACUCUAGAGAUCGCAAGGUCAAUGUUGUCCCUCAAGCGAUGCCUAUGGAAGAGGAACCUGAGCCUAACCCUAAGAGGUCUCAUGCUGAUGAAUGGAAGAAGGAAAACAUUGAUAUCCAUGCCCUGCCCGACUACAUUCAUCAGAAGCCUGGUGCCAGGAAUUCUCUUGGCACCAGAGAUUUUGCUUUGCCAAGAAGGGGCCAACAGGCAGUUUUGCAAAAUAUUGAGACAUGCCAGAAUGCCACUGCCCUACACAUGCCAAAGCGUGUCACCAUGAGGCAGACCUGCAAGUUCUGUUCUGGUGCAGGCCACAUCCACAGUUCCCGCUGGAUGUGUGAGGAUUGCAAGGUUGCCCUUUGCCUUACUGAAGAAAGAAAUUGUUUUGCUUUGUUCCAUAAGAUUUCUAAGUAAGUUGUUUGUUAUGAUAGUUGUUUAUAGUGUUUUGUGUAUUUUUUUUACUAUUUUUGUAUUAGAGUUUUUGAUUAGAGUUUUUUAUAGAGUUUUCUGUAUUUUUAUACUAUUUUUGUAUCUAAUGUAUAUUUAUUUUUUAUAUUAAUUAAAUUGUAAAGCCAUAUAAGUGUUUCUAUUAUACAUUGUGGAACAAAAAAAAUGAAUAAAUAAUAAUAAUCACAUGAUUUAUGGGCAAAUUAACAGUAUUUAUAAACUUGAAAAAGUUGCCCGCACGGCCCAAUAGAUCCCAUACGGGAUGAGCGUGGUCCGCCUAAGAGCGCCCGAGGCACCCAUACGGGAUACUUCAUUGCAUGCAAUUAUUUCGCUUACUUUGGAAAUUUUGUAAAAGUACACAAGAGUAAAAAGGU